CACAGGGUGUUUGAAUUGAUCGAUUGAUCACUCUCUCUCUCUCUCUCUCUCUCAGUUUGAAUUCAUGUCAGGAACUUCACUAGAACUUUGGGUGCUAGUUUGGGGCAGCUGCAGCUUCAUCUUCAUCUUUGGUUUUGCUGACAUAGCAGAAGCUCAGGCCACCACAUAUCCUUCUGAAGCGCGAGCUCUGAGUUCAAUCUUCCAGCAAUGGCAGAUUGAGGCCAAAUGGAACAAAACCAGAGAUCCAUGCAGUGGAGCGGCCAUUGACGACUCCAUCGACUUCGGCAACGAAGCUUACAACCCUUUGGCCAAAUGCAACUGUUCAAACUCCGCUUGCCACAUUACCCAACUGAAAGUUUCUACAUUGGAGGUUGUUGGCGUAAUUCCGGAACAGCUAUGGACUCUGAAGUUUCUCACUCAUCUCGAUUUAGGUCACAAUCACUUGACAGGACCUCUCUCUGCAUCAAUUGGAAAUCUGAGCAGCUUGCAAUAUUUGAGCUUAGGCCAUAACAUGUUGUCAGGCCAGCUACCAAAGGAACUCGGAAAUCUCUCUAAUUUGACAUUCUUGGCUAUUGGGACUAUGAACUUUUCCGGUGGUCUACCACAUGAGCUAGGGAAUUUAUUAAAUUUACAACAGAUUUACUUGGAUAGUUCUGGAGUUAGCGGUGAGAUUCCACCGACGUUUGCUAAUCUACGAAACUUGACCAUAUUCCGGGUGUCAGACACAGAACUCUCUGGCAGGAUACCUGACUUCGUAGGAUAUUGGUCAAAGCUUACUUCCUUGGUAUUUCAAGGGAACUCUUUUGAAGGUCCUAUACCAGCUACACUGUCCAAUCUGACUUCUCUUGAGGAGCUGAGAAUUAGUGAUAUAAUAUCUACUGCCAGUGGGAACUCUUCUCUUGGAUUUAUUAAGGAUAUGAAGUCAAGAUCUCUAAAAGUCCUAGUGCUGCGAAAUAACAAUAUUUCUGAUUCAAUUCCUUCUAAUAUUGGAGAGUUGCAAAGUUUGUAUCACCUGGAUUUAAGCUUCAACAAUUUAGCAGGAGUAAUACCACCUUCCCUGUUUAAUUUGCGUUCGCUCAAAGCCCUGUUUCUUGGAAACAACAAGUUGAGUGGUAACCUUCCUGAAAAUAAAAGCUCGUCUCUUGUCAAUGUAGAUCUGUCUUACAAUAAUCUAGUAGGGUCGAGCUUUCCUUCUUGGGUGAACGAAGACUUACAGCUUAAUUUAGUUGCCAACAACUUCAGCACAGAAAAUUCAAACAGCAGAUCUUUGCCUUCAGGGUUGGAAUGCCUCCAAAGGAACUUUCCUUGCAAUGUUAACCCUGGAAUCCAUCCUGACAUUGGGAUUAAAUGUGGUGGUCCUCAGUUCACGUCUUCCAAUGGGAUUGUGUAUGAUCAGGAAAAUGAGAUCCUUGGUCCAGCUACAUAUUUUGUGACUGGCACAAGCAGAUGGGGAGUUAGCAAUGUUGGUAUUAAAACAGAGUAUCAGGAUGGAUAUAUCACGGGACACAUUCCUGAGUAUACAGUUUCCUCGUCAUCUCAAUUCACGAAUACUUCAGAUCCUGAGCUAUUCCGGACUGCAAGGAUCUCUGCUUCAUCACUUAGAUACUAUGGCUUGGGGCUGCAGAAUGGUGUCUACACAGUCAAACUUCAGUUUGCAGAACAAAAAAUCCCAGAUACUCCAAAAAAUCUUGGGAGACGUGUAUUUGAUAUAUAUAUCCAGGGAAUUCGAGUUUGGAAGGAUUUUGAUAUACGAAAGGAAGCAGGUGGGAAAUCUUUGCAAGCCGUUCAGAAGGAAUGUAAGGCCCAGGUUUCACAGAACUACCUUGAAAUUCAUCUCUUUUGGGCUGGAAAGGGGACUUGCUGCGUACCUGAGGUUGGUACUUAUGGACCUGUUAUUUCAGCCAUCAGUGCUACACCAGAUUUCCUACCUACUAUCGUUCCGAACCAUUCAACUAGUAAGAAGAAUAGGACGGGGCUGAUUGUGGGGAUUGUUGUCGGUGGUGGAGUACUUUUGAUUCUAUUGUUGUUGGUUUUCUGUAUAGUUCAAAGAAGUAAAAGGAUUAACACCAGUAAAAAUGAAGAUCUGUUGGGAAUAGAUAUUGGACCACUCACUUUCAGUUUUUCAGAGCUAAAGACAGCUACAGAUGACUUUAGUCCAGUGAAUAAGAUUGGAGAGGGAGGAUUUGGACCUGUCUAUAAAGGUACUCUUAAUGAUGGAAGAGUAAUUGCCGUGAAGCAAUUGUCUGCAGCAUCCCAGCAAGGAAAAAAUGAGUUUGUAGCUGAAAUUGCCACCAUAUCUGCCGUGCGACACAAUAACCUAGUGAAUUUGCAUGGAUUCUGCACUGAGGGAGUUAAACGGCUCCUUGUCUAUGAGUAUCUGGAAAACAAGAGUCUUGAUCAUGCAUUAUUUGCAGGAAAAAGAAGUUUGAAUCUUGAUUGGUCAUCAAGAUUUGAUAUAUGCUCGGGCGUGGCUAAAGGUUUGACUUAUCUCCAUGAGGAAUCAAGGGUUCGGAUUGUACACAGAGAUGUGAAGGCCAGUAAUAUUCUGCUCGACUCUAAUCUCAUCCCCAAAAUAUCAGAUUUCGGUUUGGCCAAGCUUUAUGAUGAUAAAAAGACCCACAUCAGUACUCGUGUUGCGGGAACAAUUGGGUAUCUUGCACCGGAAUAUGCCAUGCGCGGACACCUGACACAGAAGACUGAUGUGUUUGCCUUUGGUGUUCUUGCUCUAGAAAUUGUCAGUGGUAGGCCAAAUUCUGAUCGGAGCUUGGAAGGCGAGAUGAUUUAUCUUCUCGAAUGGGCUUGGCACUUGCAUGAAAACAAACGGGAAGUUGAACUAGUGGACUCUAGGUUAUCAGAAUUCAAUGAGGAAGAGGCAAGACGAAUAACCAAGAUAGGACUUUUGUGCACUCAAACAUCACCAAUGCAGCGACCACCGAUGUCGCGUGUGGUGGGAAUGCUUUCAGGAGAUAUUGAAGUAAUGACAGUAACUUCAAAGCCUAGUUACUUGACAGACUGGGAAUUUGACGAUGCAAGUAUUUUGGGGGAUCCAGGGCAGCUUUCUACAAAUGCCACGGAUGCCUUGCUUCAUUAUGUUGUUGAUACCCAAUCCCUACCGACCUAAUGUUGUUAUUAUUGAUGUUAUUAUAAUUUUUAUUUUUUUAUUUUACUGUGUUUUAUUCGGUUUGUAUCAGUUACACAUUUUCGUUUGAUGAUAAUUUGAAAUUUUGAAUCUA